AUGCAGCGCGCAGGAGACGAACAUGGCGGCGGUGGGAGGGAAGAACAACUGAGCAGCGAAGACGUUGCCAAAAUUAUCAACGACUCAAUGGCUUACGUAGUGGAAGCCACAAAAAAAAAAAAUAUAAUCGAAGUAAAAAAUGACCUCGAAUAUAUUAAAAAUAUAAUUCACCAUGACAUUAUCAUGAUUUUAAGAAAAAACGCACAGGAGUUUAUGUGUCUCCCUUCCAACUUAAAUAUGAUGGAAAAAAUGAUGCCCCUGUUGAAGAAAGAAGUGGAAUUGUCCAAGACGUUUGUGUACGCCCUACUGAGGGAAGUACUAAACAUCCAUACAUAUAAUUAUCAACUUCUUGAGGACAAAAUAAAUAUGUCGUUUUUAAAAAACGUGUUGAAGAAUAACGUACAGGUGGAGCAGCUACUGAUUAAGUUACAAAAAAAAAUAAAAAUGUUAAGUCAGAACAAACAGUUUUUAUCGCUAGUCAGUAUGUACAAUGAGUUGCACAGAAAGGACUUUAACUUUGAGAAAGAAAAACAGUUCCUAAUUGAACAUGUUAGCGUCAACAACUUUAACUUUUUCUUUUACGUUAUCGAAAAAAUUGUCCUCGUUGCGAAGGAAACGUGGGAGAUAAAGGCCCUGCUAUAUAAUAAUUACAAAAGCAUUUGCAAAAUAGCUAGCUCAUUACUUGCUUGGAAUAACCUCCUCGAUAAAUAUGGGAGAGCAUCUGAAUGUAGUGAAGACGUUAUUCAUUCUGCUAAAAAUAACUCCAUUAAACAUAUGAACGAAUGUUUAAGAAAGAUUGUGACUGAGAUUGGUUCGCACCUGCAUCGGCUGUCUUAUGUGUUCCUCAGGGUGGUGAAGGAUGCCCUCCCCGGGAACUGCAGGAGCGACGCCAGUGGCAUCUUCAUAAUGGACCAGUGUCUGCGUGGAGUUGUAACUGCCUCUUACUUGCUCAACCAGAUGGACUCCUUCAUUGAUUUAUUCCGCGAGAUUUUCGUGGACAGCCUGGCACACCUCCCGUUCGAGUCCUACGACGCCUUCCUCACACAUGUCAGGAGGCACCUGCUGGAAGACGAACGCGUCGAGCAGAUAAACAGGUGCGUAGACGAAGUAGACCCCGGUGCGCUGUUCUGCGCCAAGGGAAUUGUGCAGAGCCUGCUGCAAAUUAUUAAGAGGAAGUUCCAGGAAAUCUUUCUCCUCACACACUGCGACAACUUCAUCGAAAAUUACACCAAAACAGCUAGCUUUCUCAACGAAAUAAAAAAAAAAAAAAAAAAAAAAAAGUAUGAACAGUUCAUAAUUUCUGAGCAUGUUCAUAAUUUUUUAAAAAAUUUCGAAAGGGAAGCAUACGCACAGUACAUCCUCAAUGUGCUGGAAAAUAAGAUAAAUGAAAAUUGCAAAAAUGUCAUACUGUUUGAUAAGAAAUAUAUAUUUGAUGACAAGUUUUAUUGGCUAAAGGAGACGAUCAAUUUGGUUAAAAUUUUUAAAAUUUUGUUUACGAGCAAGUAUUACAUACCAAGUUCGCUUCCGAAUUAUCUGGCCUUCAUUUUUAAGCACUUUAAAAAUUACAUAGACAAUGUGGAAGGCUUUUUGCUUUUCCUGCGAGAAAAUAGGAACGCCAAAAUUUUUGGCACGGACAGAACGAAAUUCAAUUGGAGCCCGACGCUCAGCUACAACAGCGUGGGGUUUAUCUUGUCCGACUUGAUGUCCCUACGGAGGAUAUUUCAAGUGGGGAGAGGCGCGCGCGCACUUUUGAAAAGGGGCAAACUGGGAGGAAUAUCGGCGGUAGAAGUGAACUCAGCGGAUGGACCUUGCGAGAUGGACGGAGCGGGUGAGGAGGCCCACUCUGCGCUUCCCAAACGGAUGACCAGCAUCAUGGGUGAUGUCCCCACGUGGAUGUUUACAAAAAUACUAUCUGACUGCGGAGGUGUGUAUUCUGAUGGGGAGGACAGCGAUGAGAACAACGGUGAGGACAACUCCUCUGGGGAGAGUGACCACGCUUCCUCUUCCUCAUCCUCCAUCUCCGAUGAAAGCAUCAAGAAAGUCGUCAUGCAGGAGAUGGGAACCCCGUUUGAGAAGUGGCAGCACUGGCUCAGCGUCGAAGGUGGUUUGACUCCCCCGUCAAAAGAUAUCGACCUAACCUCCCACGUGAAGAACAAAGCGGCCCAUGAAGAACGUGCUGAUGAUGAGCAAGAGAAUAAGCAAAAGGUUGAUGAAUACACACAUGGGGAAAACCACAUUUCUCGAAACUACAAUAAUGGAGAGGAUACUACCAGUGAAGGGAAGGUCAAAAUUAAGAGCGAUAGUUCCACCGAGCUGCACGAACUGGGGAAAGAAAACAGAAACACCCUCAAGGAAAAAAAAAAACAAAUGAAGAUGCAUUUACAAAUGUGCAAAAAAAAAAAAAAAAAAAAAAUAGAAAUCCAAUUAAACUGUAUAGUAGGGUUUCUAAGAACCAUAUCUGAGAUUGUCUUAAACACAGAGAGGGCGUUUCAGAAUUUUUUCAUCGACAAGAUGUUUCACAUAUGUUCCAGCUUUUUAGUUUACUUGCACUCCCUACUGGUCAUCUACAAAAUGACCAACAAGCGGAUCCCUGAGAAGCCUAGCGAGCAGGUGGAGAAGGUUCUCCUCCCCCUCAUUUCUUUUAAAACGUUUUACGAAGAUGUUAUCGCGCAGGCCAUUAUCGAGGAUAUCAUAUCAAGAAUUGUAGAUCGGAUAAACGAUUACUAUCUUCAGGAGAUAAAGAACCUCAUUCAGGUCAAAAUUGAUGAGCAGAACAAGCGCAUCAUGAAGCUGAACCUGGAGGACUCCUUAAAAGAUGGAGACACCCCUUACGAGGAAAAAAUACGAAGGCAAAUUCAUUUGGACGUUUGCCACUACGCCAAAAUGUGUGAGGAGAACUUCAAAAUAAAUGCAGAAACGAGCGCAAGCAUGAAAGUAUUAAACUCUCCCGACUAUCCUUUGUUAAGGUCCCCUACCAGAAAGAUAAACAAAGAAGAGGAGGAAAACUGGAAAAUCCCUCCUUGUGUGUCCAACUGGAAAAACAAUAAAGGAUACAAUAUUCCCUUAGAUAAACGUAACAAAAGUGAUAAUAAAAAACUAAACCAAAGCAGCUCCAUUAUCAACGAAAAAAAAAGAGAAAUCGAAAGAGAUUACCAUAUCGAAAAAAAUCUGAAAAAAAUGAAAAAUUAUGAAAAUAGACUCAUUGAAGAACAACUUGCUCUUAACAAAGUCAAUGUCAGUAAAAACAGCAACAUACACGAUGUUAGCCUUUUCAACAUAAACAACCAGAAUGAUGAUGGAAAAAAUCAACUCUCUGCAAAUGAUGAUGACUUGUACCAGAUUUACGAUACGCCUCUGUUCAACUCCAAACAGAGCAACAAUAUUUAUAAAUUUUCCAACGAACGGGUGAAGAAGACGCUACAAAAGAUGGAGACCACGCAGAGUACCUCUGAGCCGGUCAAAUUUAUCAAGGACAUCUCCGACCCCUUCGGCCUGGACAGCUUGCUCUCCCAGGUCAAGAAGAAGUAG